UUAUUGCAGAAUUCGUAUACAGGUGCGUAUAUGUUUCAUAAAUAUAAUCUACAUGAUAAUUAUGAUGCCAGCGGAUUGACAGAUUCCUAUGAUUCGUCAUCAUCACCGCAUGGUUCCAGUUUAGAUUGUCUCAAUUUGAUUGUACAAAAUAUCAACAUAUGUACAACAUCCUCGACGACACUACUAAACGGCAAUUGUAGCAACAGCAGUAACAUCAAUAACACACAGAAUCCGGCAUUAAAGCAUCAUAGUGCAACAAAUAAUGCACAUGGAAUAACGGCAGUCGGAACGAUAACAUCGACUUCAUCAUCAACAUCAUCCUCAUCAGCGAAAACAACACCAGCAUCGAUAUCAUCAGCAGCAUCAGUCAGUACAACUCAUACAUCAUUGAAUGCAACAUUUAAGCAAAAAUGUAGAACAUGAAAUUUUAAAAUGUGUGUGGCAAAUAGGCAGGAAUUUUGUUUUUCGAGGGGAUUACAUAUUGUAAUUUUUUUUAGCAAAAAAGAUUUACAAAAUUUAACAGUUUCUACCAAAAAUUGAGUAAAUCUUAAAUUAAUAAAUAAUAUGUAAACUAAAUUUUGUUAGUAACUGUAGCUGCAGUUAAUGAUUGUAAGAUAAAUUAUUGA